CCUGGAGUGGCCUGGAGGCUGGAGGAGCUUGCUUGCUCGAGGCCAGCUAGGGCGCCUUGCAAUGGAGGAGAAUGCUGGAGCAGGGGGCUGGGCCAGCACGAGCUCCAAUUCCCCCACUGAGAAGGAGGAACCCUCUCACACAGCGUAUCUUGUUGAAGAUAGUGAAAAUUUGGGGGUUGCAGGACAAGAAGGCCCCAAUGCAGCCAGCGAGUCUGCCGAGACGUCCGUGCUCUCUGGCAACCUUUUGAGCCUGACUGACUGGCAUCCUGGUGAAAGCAGUCCUCUCAAUGUAAAUCUCACGCGCUUCAAUCACGUUUAGGAACAAAUCAAGAAGAUGGGGCGCCCCCAUUGAUGAGGACUUCAUUUGAUGAGACUGCUGCAGUCUAUGAAGAGGCCAUCAGCAGAGCUGCCAUAUCUUUGGCAGCUGAGAAGUCCAUGAACCAAAUGGCAGCUGCAGACAAGAGACUCACCUCGUCAGGGGAUAGUCAAUCAGACGAUCAAGUUUCACCAGAGCCUUCUGCACCGCAGGGCUCGACACUAGAGCCCAGCAGAAAAGGCUUUCCUCUGGCUAAGCUCAUGCCCGUAAAUUCCCAACUAGGAAUUGGGGGUCAACUUCAACCACCAGGUGCAGGGGGGGUUAGUGCUCGGUUUCAGUCUCCAAUGAGUGAUGUCAGCAUGGACCUGGGGCAGUGGACGCAGGCUGCCAGUCUCGCAUGGCAGUGGACGAACACCAUCCGGAAAGAACUAGAGGCGGCUCAAUGCAGCAACGUGCAGCUCCAGGCGGAGGUGGCGAAGUUAAGGGAAGUUCAAAUCAUUGUAGGAGCUUGUGGGGCGAGCGGGGACUCUGAAGGGGCAGUGCGAGCAAUGCUGGCGCAAUGCAGAGAGGAGCUUGCCAAGGAAAAAGCUGCCAGCGAAAACCUGCGGCACUACUACGGCUGUGGAAGAGAGAAUUUGAAGGGGCCAGAAAGCGGGGCCCACAACACGGCAGAUUCGGAACCUUUGGAAAGGGCUCAGCGUGAGGUCACGGAGCUGAAAGCAACUAUUAAGAGGCAGGUCGAACAGAUUGCCCAGCUUACCUUACAGCUGGCAGAGGCUAAAGCGGAAACGGCGCUCCCCUCUGGCGGAGGGGUGGAGUUACGGGGGGAUCAACGAGGGGUGCCUGGGGGGCCAGCGGCGAGCGAGGUGGAUUUGUUGCGGGUACAGGUGGCCGCCCUGAAAGAGAUCGUGAGCAUCCAGGAGGAGGGGGUCCUCAGGAAGGCGCAACGAGGGGGGGGUGCGCUGAAAGAGGAUAAACCAGGACGGGAGCCCGACUUGGAAAAUAGAAACAUGGGUAAACAAAGCGAGUCUUCGGAACGGCAAGAUGCGGCGGGUGGUCCAUCUGAGAAGGACCCCAGUCAAGCAGACAUUGGCGGUUGCCGUGGGGACGAUGAUGUGGGGGGUGAAGAUGAGAAAACGGUGGGGGGCAUUCAGUAUGUGAAGGCGCUCCUGGGGCGGUGGCGGGAAGAGGUGUAUGCGUUGGUGCUGGAAAGCAAGGAGCGGGAGUGGGAGGUGGUUCGGGAGGCAGCGAAGGUUGGCCGGGAGUUGGACACAGAGAGGGGGCUGCGGGAAGAGAAGAACACCAGGUGCAAGGUCCUGGAGCAGCGCGCCAUCAGCCUGACGGCGGAGCUGCAGAUCCAGCGAGACGCUGCCGAGCGCGGCGCGCAGUCCCUCUCCACCUUGCAAAAAGAGCAUGCUACCGCAAAAGCCGCCCUCACCCAGGCUGACAGCGCGAUACGUUUGCUUUGGACGGCGGUGCAGCAGUGGCAGCGGAAAGAGGACGCGGGACUGCAGAAACUGGCGGAGAGUGAGAGACUGCUGGACGGAUUUGCGCGGCGGUUGCGGUUUGCGGAGGAGCGGCUGGUAUUCGGGCGGGAGUUGGGGCGGGGGAAACGGGAAGGGAGGGGGCGGGAAGCGGGAAACGCGGGUACAGAAGGGCCGAGUGUCAACCGGUCGGAGUUCAGUUUGCAAGGAGUGUUAGCCGUAGGGAGUAGCGGGCAGAGCCAUUUGCAACAUAAUAAAGAAGGGCAGGCGGUGACUGAGGUUCAACCAUGUAGGAUGAGGAUAGGGGACAGUGCAAUGCGGUUGACGGAAGGGGAGGCGAGCGGGCGGGAUCCAGGGAGAAUGACUGGAGUCAAAAAUCGAGAGAACGAAAUGUCUCGCACUGACUGCACAGUCACUGGCAGAAAGGUUGAAAGAGCGGAGUGGCCGCUGGUUGAACGGGGCCAGGUAGAGCAGAGCCGAGGGGACGCGCGGAGAAGCAUUGAAGGGGAGUCGGAACUCGAAGCGGAGGUCGAGCGAUUACAGCGGGAGAGGGCCAUGCUGGUGGGGCGGGUGCGGCAGCUGGAAGGCGGUGCCGAGCUGACGUCAUUGACAGCCAGACGCGAAGAACUGGAGGCGCAGUUGACGGGGUGCAGAGAAAGGGCCGACACGGCAGCAGAACGAGCAGCCAACUUGGAGGAGUUGCUGGCGUCCGCGAGGGCCAGCCUGGCACGGGAGGGUGAGACCGUGGAGCAACUGCAGUCGUCCAGCAAGAAGGCGUUAGCGCGUGAACUGCGGCGCGCUGAGGAGCAGGCACGUGCCGAUCUGGCGGCCGCGGCAGAGGCGCACGAAACCGAGUCUGCGGCACUGCGGGCUCGCGUGGCGGCGCUCGAGAGGGAGAAUGCGAAAGCGGCGGUGAACCUGAGGCAGCUGGAGCGGCAGGCGGCGCAGGUCAAGGAGCAGAAGACGCACGAGCGGGAUGCGCGCAUCAGCGAGCUGGAGUGUCGGUUGGAGCGGCAGGACGCGGACCUGCGCAGCGUGCGGCGCGAGCGCAGCGUGCUACUGGCACAGCUGCGCAAACUAGAGCGGGACGCGCACGCGCGGAAGCGCGGCAUCGGGGAGGGGGGGCUGCACGCGGAGGUGGUGCGCACGCCGGCCCCGCGCAGCGAGCGGAAGCCGCUCGUUGAAAGCGAGCGGAACGGCGCUGUGGGCGGAACCCGGGGGGGAUCCCCCGGCGAAUAUGGCUGGCCGGCGAAGAAGUCGCUUUUGACAGUUGCAGCAGGUGUAGCGAUGAGCAAGCAGGUGGGUAGCCCGGGGCUUGACGGAGGCCUUAAAGAGAGCUUUGCUGAGAGCUCUGAAGAGGGCUCUGAAAAGGAUAGGGAGUUGGAGUCGUUGUUCCUGGGGGGCAAGCGGCCGCUUAACAUGAAAGAGACGGGCGGCGUUGGUUUGAAUGACCCGGGGAUUACCACGCCGCCACAUAAGGAGGAAGAGAGUCUGGAGACACCCGGAGGCCCUGCUCAGCGGAGGAGGGUGUCCGAGGUGCUCGACGAAAGCGGGCACGAUCUGAUGCUCCGCUUGAACAAGUUAGCGCAGUUGAGCAAUGCUAUAUUAGAUGGGUCCGUAGGUCAGUAAUCCAGCUCUACAUCUCGUGAAGCAGUAAAUGCUGCCGAAAGGUUGGGCUGAGUUCUUGGAGUGGAGUUAUACUCGGCACAAGAGCAGUGUCGGACUAUCUCUGCAUGAUGUGGCCGAACAUAUUGUUUCGUGUCUCGGACUUUCGCGGAUGCCCACACGUGAGUAUACGUACUGCAGAUGGUUGACACGGCGCUCUGACAGUUGCGCAGAAAGAUCUUUCUUGUAACAGUAGCUGCCAACCCGGAUGUUACCUACCCUACUUCUGUGAAUUGUUUG